AUGAGCAUUAGUGAUCAUGCUCUGGGCGCCAAAUUCCCUCGAGCUAGCUCGCAACCCACGGUAGUUGGCUGCCCAAUGGAUCUCGUGCCUCUAUGCAUAGGACCCCAAAGCCCACGACAGAUCGAAGACUGGCUUUAUUCAGACAGACCGCAAUUUGCCAUUCACGUGGUAUUGUUCGAUGAUGCGACGCUGGUGACAGUUACAUGGAUGCACACGCUCACAGAUGCCAUGGGUCUGGCUGGCUUCUUCAAGGCGUGGACUGCCGUUCUGAACGGACGCGAGGAAGAUGUCCCGGAGUUUCAGGGAAUUGGCGAGACCCCAUUACAGCAGCUUGGCCAGCAUAUCGCAGGGGAAACUUAUGUUAAUUAUAAGUUCAUGCUGAAAGGCUUUGGGUUACUGAGUUUCGCCUUCUGGUACUUCUUCGAGCUUUUCUGGUACCGACGCGAAGAGCAACGCAUAAUGUGUAUUCCGGGACGCUUUGUGGAACAAAUGCGGACCGAAUCACUGAAAGAGUUAAGACACCAAAAUAAGGAAGAAAAUGCCCCCUUCGUCAGCGAAAGUGAUGUACUUUUCGCAUGGUGGACACGAGCUCAAACGAGGGCGCUGAACCCAUUCCGCAGUCGCAUGAUAACACUCAUGAACGUCUUUGAUAUUCGUGCGGCAGCACUUCCGGAAUCCGCAUCACAGAACAGUGCCCUCGUCGCUAACGCGGUCCAGACAUCGUUAACAUUCCUCCGCCCCCAGCAGAUCCUCAACCAACCACUUGGUUUUCUUGCAUCCCAGAUCCGCCAUAGCCUCGUUCAAAGCUAG